UGAAUUUUGUUUUUAAUUAAUAAUAUUAUUAUACAUAUAAUUUUUAAAUAAAAUUAUAAUAUUUAAAAUAUAACAACAGUUAAAUAUAACAAGUCAUCAAAUAUGUAAUAAUGAUUAUAUCGUUUUAGAAACACUGAGACUACCAACUGUAACUAAAUAUCGCAUAUAAAUAAACCAACCGGCUUUCUUUGCAUGGUAAUAUAUCUGAAAUUCAAACACCAUCAUGUCUGACGCUUGGGAAGCGAUUCAAGCAGUGAAAAGUAAGAGGAACAGUUUAAGAGAAAAGCUUGAGAAACGAAAGAAGGAACGGCAAAAUAUUUUGGGCGCCAACUUAGUGCCGCCUGAAAAAAGUGAAGGAUCGCCGAGCGGAAAAGAUCGAGCUGUACAUAGCCCGGCGCCACCGAAAAAUGAACCUCCUCAAAGAACAGAGAAACCUAAACAAAUUCCGUCAGCAUCAUUAGAAGUGCGGUUGCUACAAGUGUUAUCAGACAUGCAGCUACAAUUGCCAUCUACUGCCAGUGCCCUGAUGCCUGGACUGGGGGAUGUGGAUACAGGAAUAGUGGCCAGUUUGCUCCAGAAAUUUGCCACCCAGAAACUUAUAAUAAUAAAGGAGCGUUCUGAGAGCACAUUGGAUGGAGAUAUUGAGGUGGUGAGUGCAGAAUGUGUGAGAUUGGCAGCUGUGCUUGCUGCUCUCAUGGAAGAACAAUCUGCAACCACAAAGAGGAAAGGAAGCAGUGUUACUGAUGAUAGUACAAAGGUCAAAAUAACAAAAACAACCAUUGAGGAGAAAAAAACAGGGAAGAGUGACACUGAUAUAAUGUCAUUAUUAGCAAUGCCGUCUAGUAGAGAAAAGGCAGUCAAAAGGGUGGGCGAGGAGAUCAUGGAUCUACUCAGCAAGCCCACUGCCAAGGAGAAAUCACUUGCGGACAAAUUCAAAAGCCAAGGAGGUGCGCAAGUAAUGGAGUUUUGUCCACACGGCACCCGCGCGGAGUGUAUGCGUGCAUCAGGACCAGCGUCACACUACACCUGCAAAAAGUUGCACUUCAAGAAGAUCAUACAGGGUCACACCGACGAGUCAUUAGGAGACUGUUCCUUUCUCAACACUUGCUUCCAUAUGGACAGCUGCAAAUAUGUCCAUUACGAGGUAGACAAUACUGAUCCUAAUGCAAAUGCCCACAAAUCAUCCUUAGAGCCAGCAGGCAAGAGCUCGCAGAAUGGUGCAAGUGUAGCACCUAAGCCAGACGGUGUACUGACGCUUACACCGCCGCAAUGGUUACAAUGUGAUUUACGUUACUUAGAUAUGACGUUUUUAGGUAAGUUCGCCGUGAUAAUGGCGGACCCCCCGUGGGAUAUCCACAUGGAGCUGCCGUAUGGCACGAUGUCGGACGACGAGAUGCGAUGUCUGGGUGUCCCUGAGCUGCAAGACAGUGGACUCAUCUUCCUCUGGGUUACUGGCAGGGCCAUGGAGCUCGGUCGAGAGUGUUUGAAGCUAUGGGGCUACGAGCGGGUGGACGAGUUGAUAUGGGUGAAGACGAACCAGCUGCAGCGAAUCAUACGCACCGGCCGCACGGGACACUGGCUCAAUCACGGCAAGGAACACUGUUUGGUGGGCAUGAAGGGAAACCCUGAGAAUCUGAAUCGGGGAUUGGACUGUGACGUCAUAGUGGCUGAAGUGCGCGCCACCUCUCACAAACCUGAUGAAAUAUACGGCAUUAUAGAGAGACUAAGUCCUGGUACAAGGAAAAUAGAACUCUUCGGCAGACCACACAAUGUUCAACCUAAUUGGAUCACACUCGGCAAUCAAGUGGACGGCGUUAGAUUAGUGGACCCAGACCUUAUAGCAGCAUUCAAGAAGCGGUACCCGGACGGCAACUGUAUGGCGCCGCCAGCACCCGACGCCGGGCUAGCCUGACCAUCGCCAACAACCCAUAAACAAUAGUAGAAACAAAUCUUGCUCAGCAUUACCCCACCAGACAUCGCUCGAAUGGCAAACAAGUUGACGGCUCACAUGAUGGUAAGAUAACCGUCGCCUAUAUACUUGAACAAAAUUACUCAUGCAUAGACAUUCUAGAGGACUAGGAAGUCAUGCCUCUUAUCCUGUAAUUUCAAGUUUGUUAAAAGGUCUCAAACCUAAAAUUACAGAAUAAGAGGCAGUAUAUUUUAGUCCUCCUGAAUAGUACCGCAUGAGUGGUAAAGCGGGCGUCACAUGAUACUGCACUGUUUGUUCAUGUAUGUCGGCGACCUUUACCACUUACCAUCAAAUAGUCAGCCAGCUUGUAUACAUAUUCAAAUGCAUAAAAUAUACUCUUUAAAUAUCAGGUGGCCCGUCCUUUUCAAUUGUGUAGAAUGAGCCGUCUUAAAUUUACAAAAAUAAAUAUGCUUUCCUAAUAUAUGCACAUACAGUACACUUGGUACUGAACUUUGCGCAAAUGAAGUGCAACUUUACUUAAUAUUGUACUUGCGAUAUGUUUAAAACGCAAACACAAUGACUCUUGCGCACUUUGUAUUUGAG